AGUAAGUGAGCGAGAUGCAGAAUAUAAAAAGGGUUGUUCCUCACUCACUCUCACUCACAGCCAGUCCAUAUGCCAGUUUGGAAAUAUUCUUCCCAAAUCCAAUUAAUGCUGUCAUUAACACCUCUGCCAGAGUCUACCAUUCAUUCACCUUCUGACUCUAACUUCUUUAAUUAGGCCUUUCUCACUCUUUUUCUAUUUCAUAUUCCCAUCCCAUCUUCUGCUCUAGCUACCUACACCACACCAGAUUCUCCUCUUCCAACUUCAAAAUCAAAAAAUGAUGCAGGACUCAAUUGGGAUCAAUAUUCCUGCUUGUUUUUCUUCUUCAGCAGAGAAGCACCACGGUGACGAUCAUGGAGCGGUGACCCGUUCAGGCCAGAGCGUCUACAUGUCUGUGUACAGAACAAAGGUUGCAGACCACUGCCGUUUGAUCACCAUCACAUGGUGCAAAAACCUCUUGCUUCACGGGCUUUCGGUGUCAGUGGAAGGCCCUGAAGGAGAAGAACAGUACACGUGCAAGGUGGAGGUGAAGCCGUGGUACUUUUGGAGGAAGCAAGGCUCCAAACGCUUCAUAGUGGAUGGUAAAGCAGUUGAUAUUUUCUGGGACCUUAAGGCUGCGAAAUUUAACGGUGAAACGGAACCAACCUCGGAGUACUAUGUGGCAGUGGUUUGUGAUGAAGAGGUUGUGCUGCUGCUGGGUGAUCUAAAGAAAGAGGCAUACAGAAGGACGGGGUGCAGGCCAGCACUUAUUGACCCCAUUUUGGUUUCAAAGAAAGAGCACAUUUUUGGGAAGAAAAAGUUCUCCACAAGAGCCAAGUUUCAUGAGAAGGGUAGGUGGCACGAGAUUUCAAUUGAGUGCAAGAACAAGGGAUAUAAUGGGGAGUCUCCGAGUGGGGUUCAGCCAGAGAUGGAGAUAAGGAUUGAUGGGCACUUGGUGAUUCAUGUGAAGCACCUCCAGUGGAAGUUUAGAGGCAACGAGUCAAUUCAUCUCAGCAAAAUGAGAGUAGAGGUAUAUUGGGAUGUUCAUGAUUGGCUAUUUAGUCCUGGUUUAAAGCAUGCUUUAUUCAUUUUUAAGCCAAUUUUAUCACCCAGUACCACCAGCACUUCUUCUAUGUCAUCUUCGUCACCAUCUUUAUCAUCCUCAUCACCUCCCUUAUCUAUUGAUCAGACAAGGAGUUCUAGAUCAGUAGAGGGAUUUAGUGUUAGUGGGUCAUCAGAGUUUUGCUUGUUUCUCUAUGCUUGGAAGGUAGAAUGAAAAUAAGGUUGAAAAUGGAGUUGGUCUGGUAGUGAUAAAGGAAUGGUGAAGAUGAAGGUUGAGAGAGAGAAGAGAGAAAGAGAAUUGGGUUUGGUUGAGAUUGAGAAAGGCAGUGGGGCCAAACAGUGGCUUGGGAGUUAGUUACAGCUGGGGUUGAGCAAAUGCGCAUAAUUGUGGACAAGACAGAUUGUAUCACAUUAACAAUCGCACACAUGUCCAAUAAUUCUCCAUCCAGAGGCAUCUACGUCUCCACCUACAUUUUACCACACUGGAAAAUGCUCUUUCUUGAUCCCAUCUUGGUAACCGAGCUGUUUAUGUUUCCUCCAAAAUCUAUCAACCAAAGGUACAUCUUACCUAAGUUUUCUAUCACAAAAUAAUAUAUGUAGACACAAGAUUACUAAACUGAAUGUUUGUAUUUGCCCAUAAAAUUAUAUCUGUUCAUGCAUGUGACUGAAAAUGGUACCCCGUAAAGAGAGGAUGGGUGUUGGGUGAUGAUGUAGAAACAAGAGUACAAUAAUCCCAGUAUGUGCACCUCACGCACAUUAAUACACAUGCUUCUCUUUCUAGUA